CAGUAGGUGGCGGGCUGUACUUCCGUUUCCUGUGAAAACAAACCUGUUUUUGGAAAGUUAAGUUAAGAAAUUAUGUAGCCAUAAUGGACAAUAUGCAGGAAUGAACUUGCAUUAUUCACCAUAUAUUUAGUGCACGUAGAAUUAAAAUCUGGCUUCGUGAGGCGAUCUGUCGAUGUUAAGGCGACUGACACCAUCUGUCAUCGCUGAAGUAAGAUGUAAUAGGCCGAGUCACUGUUUUUCGUCACUGCAAACUUGUUCUCACCCUGGUUUCUUCAAACGCCAAGUGUUCAGAAUAUUUGCUCCGAUAGCAAGAACAUUUAGAAAAAUGGCAACAUUAGAAACACUCAAGUUCGACAAUCUUGUCCUACGGGAACUACCGAUAGAUCCGUGCGAAGAAAAACGAAUUCGUCCCGUCACAGGUGCGUGUUUCUCCAAAGUGCAGCCCACCCCUGUAACCAACCCAGAGGUCGUUGUGUAUUCAAAAUCUGCAAUGGAACUGCUAGAUCUGCCUGAGAGCGAGCUGACGAGGCCUGAUACAGCGGAAUACUUCAGUGGAAACAAACUUCUGCCGGGAUCGACAACAGCUGCUCAUUGCUACUGUGGACAUCAGUUUGGAGUUUUUGCCGGACAGCUUGGAGAUGGGGCCGCAAUGUACCUGGGCGAAGUAAUCAACAAGAAGGAUGAGAGAUGGGAGAUCCAGUUCAAGGGAUCAGGACUUACGCCCUACUCCAGGACUGCUGAUGGAAGGAAGGUGCUCAGGAGCACCAUCCGAGAAUUUCUUUGUAGUGAGGCAAUGCAUCACCUUGGUGUCCCCACUACACGGGGAGGGACGUGUGUGACAUCAGACACGACGGUCAUCAGGGACAUCUUCUACAACGGCAAUCCUAAGGAGGAGAAGUGCACCAUUGUCCUUAGAAUAGCUCCAACGUUCUUGAGGUUUGGAUCUUUUGAAAUCUUUAAACCCACUGACCCAGAGUCUGGUCGGAAAGGUCCUAGUGUCGGCAAGACAGAGCUGCUGCAUCAGAUGCUGGAAUACACCAUCAAGACAUUCUACACAGAGAUUUGGGAAGCACACAAUGCAGUGAAACAGACGAUGUACCUGGAGUUCUUUAAGGAGGUUGUGAGGCGAACAGCCAGACUAGUGGCAGAGUGGCAGUGCGUGGGCUGGUGUCAUGGUGUGUUGAAUACAGACAACAUGAGCAUUGUAGGACUCACCAUCGAUUAUGGCCCCUAUGGUUUCAUGGACAAGUUUGAUCCCAACUUCAUCUGCAAUGGCUCAGAUGAUGGCGGUAGAUACACGUACAAGAAUCAACCAGAAGUCUGCAAGUGGAAUUGUGUGAAACUUGCAGAGGCUAUAAAGGAUGCUAUUCCUCUCCCCGUUACCCGGCCAGCAGUGGAUGAAGUGUUUGAUGAAGUGUAUGCUGACCAUUACAAGAUGAAGAUGAGGAAGAAGCUGGGCCUGAUGAAGGAAUUACCAGAAGAUGGCGAUCUGGUGGAGUUGUUGAUGGACACCAUGCAGGCCACAAGCUGUGACUUCACCAACAGUUUCCGCUGCCUGAGUCGAGUGUCCCUGCCCGGCGGUGCCACAGCGGAACAGGAUCUGCAGGAUGUCACCGACUACCUUCUGACCCAGUGCACCACGGUAGAGGAGCUGAGGAAGGCCAACCAGACACAGAUGGACCCCAGACAGCUGCAGAUGCUCAUGAUGUUGAGUCAGUCUAACCCAGGCCUGCUCCCCAUGCUGGGCCGUGGCUUCCUGUCUUUCACCAAGGAGCUGGAGAGGAUGGAGAAACAGGAAGAGAUGAAGGAUCUGACACAAGAAAUAAAGGAAGGAAAAGACCGAGAUGCUUGGACCAAAUGGCUGACGAAGUACAUGGGGCGACUUGCACAGGAGGUGGCGGGGGAGCAAGAUGUGGAGGCUGUCAACCGGAGAAGGGUGGAGCUCAUGAACAGCAACAACCCCAGGAUCGUCUUGCGCAACUACAUCGCCCAGAAUGCAAUAGCUUCAGCCGAGAAGGGAGACUACUCUGAAGUGAAACGAGUGUUGAAACUCCUGGAGGACCCAUACAGUUCAGAAAUCGAUGCAGCUGACCUUGUUUCAAAGUCACAAGAAGGUGAAAAGUCUGUCACCACAGAUGAUGGUGCAGCAUCUUCAUCAAAUGAAAACGCAGAUGGGGCCCGAACGUUCACAGAACAGAUGUACGACAACAAGCCUCCUAUGUGGUCAAUGGAUCUUCGAGUCACUUGAUCUUCAUAAUCAUCUUGCAGGUCCUUCACGACUGCUCUUGCCCCUUCCAAGAAUGUCAGCUAAUACUUCUGGAAUCCUUGAAGUCAGUAAGAAUGUACUAGCCAAUUGUUGGACCAAACAUAUUUUGAUGCAGUUGUGUUUUUUCAAUUUUAUUAUAGUGAAAAAAUGCUUUAUUGCAAGGUUUGGUUUGAUAUUGUUGUUAGUACUGAUUCAAGACUAUGGUUCCAAUAAGAACAGAAUCCUGAUAUUCUUUGAAGAGUUUGGCAAUGAAGUUGUCAGUAAGUCCUGCAAGAUUCGUUCAGAGGACUGAUUCUGUUGAUCACCUUCACAUUACACUGAAGUUUGCUGGUCAGUCCUACAGAUAACAAGGGGGAAUCUCUUUAAAUUUUGAUAUAUUUUUCUGAAUAUUUUAGGUUUUAUUAUUAAUCUUUUGAAACAAAUGGGUUAUAUUUGUGAGUCAGGAUUCCCCCUUGUUACACUCUUUCAGGAUGUUCAGAUUGGUUGCACAAAUGAAAUCUGCCCAUGAACAGAUAACUUGGCAUUGAGAACUUGCAAAUACAUCUUUAAGAACAAUAUUAGAAAGCUCAACUCUUAUCUGUUGUGCAAUAUUGAUUCACGAAGUGUUUCCAUGCUCCUGUUUUUUUUUUGGGGGGGGGGUUUUGCUUGUUCAAAGUAGUAUGUAUAGGGUAAUCAAAUAAACAGUUGUGUACCAUCAACCUGGGAAAGGGUCUCCCUACAAAUACAAGAAUACAAACUCCUAUUGCAGACAUGUUAAGGGAAGUAACUGCAUUCUAUAUUGGAUAGCAUUGUUUUAAGUAUUAGAUUUUUUUUGAUUUUUUGGAAAAUGGAAAUAAAAACGAAAUGUGCGGCAGACUUUUUAUGAUGAUGCAGAGGUGCCCGAGGACCAAGACUAUCAUUUCUUUUGGCCUUAGGCUUAUGUUAGUCUCAGACAACAAAUUUACCACAUUUGUUUGAGAAGUGGCACUUAAAAUCUUGUAUUCAAUAUGUUAACUGUUGCAAGAUAAUUCCAUGAAUUUGGGUUGUAUAUUCUAUUGGCAAUUGAUCUGGUUAGGGGCAGGUGGUUUGUGGUGAUGACGAUACUGGGGACAACUCCUUCACGAGAAACCAGUGUUUGAUAACAACCAAUCUCAACAUCCUCACCCAACACUAUUAGACAAUUUUUAGGGGAUGUUUAGACAGAGUAUGUGUACUUUAUGUAGCUUUGUUUAAAUUCGGUUUACAGUUGAGACUUUUUAAUGUCUUACGCUUUUUUUUAUAGACUUUUACACGGGUCAGAUGUGUAUGAUUUACAGAAAACGUUGCACAACAUAACCUUUUUGUUGAUACAUGUAGAGACCUAUAUACGUUGUAAAAUAUGCUUCCAGAUCUGUUGCUAUGAAUAUUGAAAGGUGCUCACACCAUGUUAACCAGAAUAAAGGUAAUCAUAUCACAAUACCACUCAAGUUAACAGAGCAAGGAAAAAUAUUUAAAAAAUAUCUAUUUGAUGACUUCCAAGAUGCGUAGUUGCUGUAUAGUAAACCAUUGUUAGUCAUAACUGCUGAGGAUUAUUCAAAGGUGUGUUGUACUUGCUUGAGAUUAAGAUUGUAUGUUAUUGUAUAAACUGGUUGUUUGUAAUGCUGCUCUCAGCAAUAUUCUAGCUAUGCGAUAGCGGUCUGUAAAUAAUAGUCUGGACCAGACAAUCCAGUGCUUGACAUGAGCGGCGAUCUAUACGCGGUUGGGAUACAAUGACAAGCAUCAACCAAGUCCACACGAGUCUGACCACCCGAUCCUGUUGAUCGCCUCUUACAGCAAUCAUGGGAUUCUGAAGACCUCUACAGCGAUAUUUGUAUAUACAGAAUAUUGUAUACAUACAUGUAUGUUAUAUCCUUAUCCUGGUGUUCCUUUAGAAACCUAGACCAAAUAUAUGUAUUUGUUGUGAAAAUCCAAAAUUUCAUUAAUAUUCAGCCAUAGCAGUGUCAAGAGUCUCGUAGAAUAAAAGAUUGUUGUAUUUUCA